AUGUACACUGCAGUGACCGGAAGAGUUACAACAAAGGUUGAUGUCUACAGCUUUGGAGUCAUCCUCAUGGAGCUACUAACGGGUCGAAAAGCUCUUGAUGAUAAGCGAUCUGAGGAAGAAGUACAUCUUGCUACAUGGUUUAGGAGAAUGUACAUCAAUAAAGACUCAUUCCCAAAGGCUAUCGACGAAACAAUUGAGUUCAACGAAGAGACACUUCGAAGCAUCAACACAGUAGCUGAGCUUGCCAACCAAUGUAGCGCCAGGGAACCGCAACAGAGACCGGACAUGAGUCACGUGGUCAACGUUUUGGUCUCACUUGUUCUUCAAUGGAAACCAGCAGAACAAAGCGGAGACUCGGAAGAUAUCUAUGGAAUCGAUUACGACACUCCUCUUCCUCAAUUUUCCCUUGAUUCGACCUUUUUUGGAGCUAAUACUCUGACGAGCAUACCGUCGCGACCAUCCGAGCUUGACAGCACAUUCAAAUCAGGACAAGGGAGGUAA